AUGGAUAGCAACGAAUUGAGCUUUGAAGACAGUUGGGAUUUCAAAUCAGAUUUAGCUGUUGUCGAUUCCUUCUGGAAAAACGCACAAACAACAGAAUCAGUGUUACUGCUAAAAGCAAUAGUUUUGAAUAACUAUAAACUGCAAUUCGUCAAAAACGACGCGAACAUAUUGGUGGUAAGAAUGCCGGAAUUUAACAUGGAGCUAAAUGUGUUUGCGCCGAGCGGACUAACGAGCAGAAAGGGAGAAUCAUACGUGAUAGGAGAUAUACUGCUAUUCACGCAGAUCAAGAGAGAAGAAUACACGUACAGCUCAGUGACAAAGCGAGGAUUCAAGUACAUAAAUGUGCUUGAGAGAGAUAGAAUAAAAUCAAUAAUGGAAGAGUCGAAAGUGUCGCCGGAACUGCUGGACUUCAAGGUACAAUACACGGCAAUUGACGGUGGAGAAGUCAAAAUACCAGGAAAGUCGCUGGAAGGGCCGUCAAAGUUGGUGUCGACAAAGCUGUCAGUGAAGAGAAUACUGGAGAAACUGUAUAGCGACCUGGCGACAUUUCAAGAAAAAUACGAGUCGGUGAACGAGGCAGCCACUAAUAGUGAAAACGACGAAAGGGCAGUUAAGAAAGCUAAGCACGACUACAUUAACAAUGUCGUGUUUGUAACAUGUAUCCAAGAAAGGCCAGUUAGAACGAGGAAUUCACUGCUUACGGCACACGGAGAAGGAUUUGAAAAGAUAUUACAAAAGGCAGACGUACCAGAAGGGUCUAAAAAGCUGUUGAAGCCACAUGGGCCGACAGUCACAGGAUUGAUGACAAAAUCACAAAAACUAAAAGUAAUUGACGAAAUUUGCUAUAAAUAUCGCAAAAGACCAAUUAUUAUUGUGCCAAGCGGCACAGUGUCGAUAAUAUCGAGGCAGAAUAUAAAGCAGAUGUUGCAAGAUCACCAAUUUAUAGACGCAAAUGAGUCAAUUAGAACAUUAGAUGGAAGUAUUGUGUCAAACCUGCCCAUGAAUGGAGUAGAAAUAGUACACACAAUAGGAAAAAAACCAAUUAAAUUCCGCGUAAUAGAGAAUUCAUAUAUAUCACGUUUUACACAAAGUGAUUGGAUAUCAGUAGUCUGCGUAGUAUUGAACGUUAAGGGGGAAAAGUGGCAAUUUAACGGAUACCCGUUCGAGUCGUUUAUAGAUUUGUUCCUAACACUCAAGGGUGUCCUAUUCGUACACGAUGGCGACAUCGUGCCGAGUGAGAUGGGAAGCUGGGACAUAAAGGUGUUGAGGAUAAGUAGAUCGCAUAGACACAACGACGCGUCAAUAGCGAAGGAGUUUUGGCAAUACAUAGAAAACUUCCUACUGCAGCCGAGGCAGAGAAAGAUUAGUCAGACGAAAAAACUAACACAAUAA